AUGAUUUCUGCCGCCAAGGCUGCCGACCCGGCCGCGGUGUGGACAGUCGACUGCCACUCGCGCGGCAAGGCGGUCAUCCUGGAGGAGGGCGACGUGUGGGAGAAGGGCUGCAUCUCGGUCACGCAGAUUGACGAGGGCGAGCUCUCUGCCGUCCGCGCCGCCACCAUCUCGGGACGCACAGGCGCGAGGAUCGAGGCGGGUGCGCGGUAUUCUGCGUGCGCGCUCUCGUUCGUGCUGCACGCGCGCUCGCCGCUCGUGCCGACGCUGCGAGGCGACGCGCGCGUCUUCGUCGUCGGCGAGCGCGAGUGGUACGGCGGCGGCCUCGACCUGACUCCCUCGUACGUGGAGGAGGAGGACUGCGCGUACUUCCACGCCAGCCUGGCGGCGCUGUGCGGCAGGCACGGGCCCGAGGGGACGUACGAGGCGAUGAAGGCCUCCUGCGACGACUACUUCUUCCUCCCCUGCCGGCAGGAGCACCGCGGCAUCGGAGGCGAUCGCCUCGCUCCCUUCUCGCCUCGAGACCCCUCGCGUGCCGCCGCCGCCGCCGCGCCCGUGAUUUCUUUUCUCAGCGGGCGGGGCGACCUGCUCGCCUCCGCCCUCGACCCGACGGGGCCGUACCUGCCGCUCGUGGAGAGGCGGCGCUCGCUCCCGCACUCCGAGGCCGAGAAGGCGUGGCAGCUGCUGCGCCGCGGCCGCUACAUCGAGUUCAACCUGCUCUAUGACCGCGGCGUCAAGUUUGGCCUCUCGCCCGACUCGGUGGAGCGGGUCCUCGUCUCGUCGCCGCCGCUCGUCGCCUUCCGGUACAAGGCCAGCGCCGAGCAGCCCGAGGGCUCGCGCGAGGCCGCGACGCUCGACGUGCUCCGCCAUCCGCGCGACUGGGUGGCAGCCGGCGGCGGCGGCGCCUCGUCGGCUUCCCGGGAAGGGGACAGCGCGGCGGCGGCGGGUGGCGGGAGGGAGUGA